CACACACUCUCAAGUGAGUGCGUUGAGUGUCAAUGAAAUCCUACAAAUUGAAACCCCAACCUUGGUGUCGCGUUUUGUCAGGAUAUCAAGAGAAAACACUUUUUUUCCGAUCACUCUUUUCGGAAGUUUUUUCACACAUGUUGCCCCGCUCGAUGUUUUAACGAUAAUUUGACCACAAUACUUGGUUUAAAAAUAGAAUAGAAUAUCAACCCCUAGUGUGAUCAUCGACAUUCGUGAAAUAUACGUGACCACGAAAGGCGAAAAGCAAUAUAUAACUGACACUGAAUACAAAAAUUAUAGAGGUAAUAGUAGGAAAAAAAAUUUCACUUAGUCGAAGGGAGAUUUUUCAAUAAUUAUUAUUCUUAAUACAUGCGAGAUAUUCAAUCAAAACUAUUUUCUUUCAAGAAGAAAAAACUGACGAGUUUUGGUCAAAUUUGAUAUCUAGUAUGUAUGUAAUACGAUUAAAAGUACGUAACUAUAGAUAUAGAGCAUGAAGAAACAUGCACGAGAUUAUCGUAACUUUUGUACGCUUAUUAUGAUGAUGAUGAUUAUUAUUAUGAGUAUGUGAGCUUGUUUACGUGCGAGCAGAAGACGAUUCAAAAUGGCGGGAGUGAAGGAACAAGACUUCAACAGAAGUGCUCUGACAGUGGAAAAUAAACAGGCAUGGUACACGGGACAACGUGCAGAGAGGAUCCCGAGCGGUUUGGUGCGUGUUGUGGGCAACGAUUGUGUCAGCCUUGAUUUAUCUUAUAACGAACUGACGUCCAUUUCGUCUGUCGAGGACUACGUUAAUCUUCAACAACUCAUUAUAGAUAACAACAAAUUGCGUGAUCUCAAGACACUACCAAAAAUGCCAAGACUCACGACUUUGAGCCUCAACAAUAACAAGGUGAUCGAUAUCGAUGAAGCUCUGGAGAGGAUCAAAGAAUGUUGUCCAUCUAUAGAGUACGUGAGUCUCCUGGGGAAUCCCGGAUAUCCGGAUCAGUUGACAGCGAAUGCAGGGACCGAUGAGGCAGAUUACGAGCGUUACAGGCUGUACGCGAUACACACAUUGCCGAGUACACUACGUUUUCUUGAUUCAAGGCGAAUCACACAACAGGAAAUGAUGGAUGCUCGUUGUAGAGGACGUCUUUUGCGUACAGUAAAAUUGGCACCACUGAAAAUAACUGAAUUAACGGAAACCGGUUUCGACGAGGUUGAUACGAUACUGGACGUUAAUUACACACCUUUGCCAUCAUCACGAAGGAAUCCACAGGAUCACAAAGGUGCAUAUGGCAAAUGUCGCUAUCGUUAUUCCGGCAAAAAUUCUGAGGGGAAUCGUUUCAUUUGCAACAAUGAUCUGUGACGAAUAUGCGGUUGUGACGUGAUAUCAUCGUUAAAAAUACAAUCUGAAACUCGUUUUUAUACAACUUUUAUAACAAUAAAAUAAAUAGCAAUUAUAUGAGUAGAUCCCACGCAAAGAGCAACUGACUGAUUUCAAUUGUUUGAGUAAAGGUAUAAAAGAUUUAUUCUCAUGUACAUUGGUAAGUGGAAUAAGUGUAAAUGGAUGUCUACGUUUUUUAAACAUACAUAUACAUAUAUUAAUGUAUUCCAGAAUGUUUUUCAUAAUUAAUUAACGACUGAUCGUUUAUACUCGUCUCGAGCGUUCAGAUUUCUUGACACAUGUUGAAUUAUUCAUUUUAUCGUUACGUUUGGAGUUUAUCGGCAUAGAAAAAUUGGUCCUGUUUUACAUUAUCAUAAAAGUAUGAACCCUACCGGUCUGAAUUGCACAAAUGAAAAUAAUUGAUUCGACAAACUCCAAUCGCCUAAUUGACUUUUGAAAAACGACGCAGCUAUUUAUUAUUUCCAUCGUCAUUUAUAUUAUUCCGACAAUAAAUUCAUACACAAUUUGGAAAUAAAUUCUAUCAUCCAACCCUGUUUUUUCUUCGCUAGAUUAUAAAGUUUUAUAAACGAUUGCCUAAAAAUAUCCAUAAACGCUCGUCAAAGCUUCGAAAAUUUGUAUAUAUCGAAUCUUAAAUCUCAAAUAAUACGCGGAUAUUUGACGUUAAGUACUCUCAAAAAUUGACUCGACACACGCGAUUUUUUAUUCGUAUAUACAGAGUAUGUAAUGUGUAACGCGAGAAUAAACGAUUACGAAUGAUUAACUCA